AUGUCGAUUAUAGAGUAUUAUAACAGUAGGACUGACCCUUCUAUUUCAUUGGAAUUUUUUCCGCCAAAAACAGAAUCAGGUAAGAAUAUUCUAUUAGAGCGUAUCCGCAGAAUGAGUAUCAUGGAUCCAAGUUUUAUAACAGUGACAUGGGGCGCAGGAGGUACCACAGCUACAAAAACUAUUGAGCUAGCUUCCGAAAUCUCUAAAAAUUAUAGCAAUAUACCUGUGUGUAUGCACUUGACUUGUACUAAUAUGGAACCUGAACUUAUUGAUAAAGCUUUGGAAGAAUGUCGAAAGGCAGGAAUUAGAAACAUACUUGCGCUGAGAGGUGAUCCACCUAUAGAUUUAGAUGAUAAUAUUAGUAAUGAUAAUCGAAAUGACCUACUACAUGAUGCAAAUAAUAAUACAAUGGAUGAAGAUGUUCCAGGAUCUUUAGAAGUACCAACAAGUUUUAUUUAUGCUUCAGAUUUAGUUAAGUAUAUUAAAUAUAAAUAUGGAAAUGAAUUUUGUAUAGGUGUAGCAGGUUACCCUGAAGGGCAUUUUGAUAGCUCUGGUGAAUAUGAUCAAGAUCCUAUCAGAGAUUUAGCAUAUUUAAAACAAAAGAUUGAUGCAGGUGCAGAUUUUGUCAUAACACAAUUAUUUUACGACGUUGAUAAGUUUCUUGAAUUUGAAAUGAUGUUUAGACAACAGGUAUCUAAGGACAUACCAUUAUUUCCUGGUCUAAUGCCAAUAAAUUCCUUUCAUUUAUUUAAUAGAGCUGCAAAAUUAUCCCAUGCAACGAUCCCAGCAAAGAUACUUGAUCGAUUCCCCCCUGAAAUACAAUAUGAUGAUGACUCUGUGAAAUCCAUUGGUGUUGAUAUUUUGAUAGAAAUCAUAGAAGAAAUAUAUAAGAGAACGCAGGGUCGAGUCAGAUGUUUUCACUUUUAUACAUUAAAUUUAGAAAAAGCAAUUGCACAAAUUGUAUCUCAAUCACCAACCUUAUCAUAUAUUUUGGAAGAAAAUGAAACGGAUGGUAUUGGUGCUGAUGAUAAUAAUUAUACAAUAUUAUGUGAUAACGAUAGUAAUGAUAAUAAUGUAAAAAAUUUCAGUAAUUACGACGAUAGGGCCACUAUUAAAAGCCUUGAUGAAAAUAAUCUUAUAACAGAAGAUGAUGCAGAUAUUAUAUCAAUGGAUGAUAUAGAAAGUAAUAUUUCCUUAUCUGGAGAUUUCAGGAAAAGAAGAAGAAGAUCAAGUGUAAUAUCUGUGGAAUUGAUUAGAAAUCGUGUAUAUAUUCAUAAACAAGAUGAACCUCACAUAACGGAAAAAAUACCGACUAAAAAAUUUUUAAUAUCUAUCUCCAAGGGUAAAGGCACAUUAGGUCGCCAUGCUACAUGGGACGAAUUUCCAAAUGGUCGUUUCGGUGAUUCACGUUCUCCUGCAUAUGGUGAAAUUGAUGGUUAUGGUCCUUCAAUCAAAGUUAGUAAGAAGAAAGCAUUAGAACUUUGGGGUCAACCAACUAAUAUAUUAGAUUUAAAAAAUAUUUUUAUUAGACAUUUAGAAGGAUCAAUUGAUGCAAUUCCAUGGUACGAUCAAGGUUUAUCUGCAGAGACAGCAUUUAUCCAGGAAGAAUUAAUUCAAUUAAAUGAAAGAGGUUAUUUGACGUUAGCAUCACAACCUGCGACUAAUGGAUCGUUAAGUUCAGAUAAGAUCUUUGGUUGGGGUCCUAAAAAUGGUAGAGUUUAUCAAAAAGCAUUUGUAGAAAUGUUUGUUUAUAAACAACUGUGGGAAACUGUGUUGAAACCUAAAUUAAAACAUUAUGGACGUCGUAUUGUCAGUUAUUAUGCAGGCGAUUCUCAGGGAAAUUUUGAAACAAAUUUGGAUCCAAAUAGCUCAAAUAUUGUUACUUGGGGAAUUUUCCCUAACAGUCCAGUGAUUCAGACCACAAGAAUUGAGGAAGAAUCGUUUAAAGCUUGGAGAGAUGAAGCAUUUAGUAUAUGGUCUGAAUGGGCAAAGUUAUUCCCACGUAAUACACCACCGAAUAAAUUUUUAAGACAAGUACAUUCAGACUAUUGUUUAGUGUCAAUAGUUCAUCAUGAUUUUAUAGAACCUGAUGAGUUAUGGGAAAUCUUAUUGAAUUGA